AUGGAUACCUUCUCGCUUCUCUGGCGCUCGCCGGAGGUAAACCCCAUCAACCAAAAGGCCCGCUCUAUCCCCUUCCUCAAUCCCGUCUCCACAACCUAUGGGCGCACAUUCUUCUUCUCGUGGUUCGGAUUCAUGAUCGCGUUCUGGUCGUGGUAUGCCUUCCCACCCCUUCUCGCCGACGUCAUCGCCGGCGAUAUCCACAUGAAGCCGUACCAAGUAGCAAACUCCAACAUCAUCGCCCUGACUGCGACACUGAUCGUGCGUCUCGUCGCCGGCCCUUGCUGCGACCGCUUUGGUCCGCGUCUGACAUUCGCCGGCUGCCUGCUCGCGGGCGCUAUCCCUACCUUCCUCGCUGGCGCCGUGUAUAACGCCUCCGGUCUGUAUGCUCUGCGCUUUUUCAUCGGCAUUCUAGGAGGUAGCUUUGUUCCUUGUCAAGUGUGGACGACGGGCUUCUUCGACAAGAAUGUCGUCGGCACGGCGAACGCGCUCGCGGGUGGCCUGGGCAACCUCGGAGGCGGAAUCACCUACUUUGUCAUGCCUGCCGUGUACAAAGCGCUCGUCUCGGACGGGCUCCCUUCGCACAAGGCGUGGCGUGUGAGCUUUGUCGUGCCGGGCAUUCUCAUCGUGUUUGUGGCUGUGUGUCUUGUGCUGCUGUGCGAGGAUACGCCGACAGGCAAUUGGAACGAUAGGAUGGCUGCAGCAGAAGAGAGCCUGAGAAGGCACGGUGUUGAGCCGGAGCAGCAGGAAGGACAGGUUGUCAAUAUCGAGGGCGACCUGCAGGACGUUCCGCGUACAAGUCCAGCAUCGUCGCGCCUUGGGAGCACGGCUGGGAUUGAGAAGAGUCGAGCGCCUUCGCUAGCAGGAGAAGACGAGAAGAAGCACGGCUGGAAGGACAACGAGGCUCAGCAGACAGAUGCACAGAUGUACAACACCGCCAGCACCGAAGUCGUCCAAAAGCCGUCCUUGACCAGCAUCCUAGCCACCAUGUUCUCCCUGCAGACGCUCGUCCCAGCGGCAUGCUACUUCUGCACCUUCGGCGCCGAGCUCAGCAUCAACAGCAUCCUCAGCAACUACUACAAGCACAACUUCCCCACGCUCUCGCUCCAAGCCUCGGGAAACUGGGCCGCCAUGUUCGGGCUCCUCAACGGCGUAGCCCGCCCCUUGGGAGGGUACCUCUCCGACCUGGCCUACCGGCGGUCCAACUCCAACGUGUGGGCGAAGAAAGCGGUGCUGCACACGUACGGCAUCCUAACGGGCGUCUUCCUCAUCACCAUCGGCGUCCUCAACCCGCGGGACCAGAGCACCAUGUUCGGCCUCGUGGGCGCCAUGGCCGUGUUCCUCGAGGGCGGCAACGGCGCCGACUUCGGCCUGGUUCCGCACAUUCACCCCCAUGCCAACGGCGUCGUCAGCGGCUUCACCGGCGCCAUGGGGAACCUGGGCGGUAUCGUGUUUGCCAUCAUCUUCCGGUACAACGGGAAGGACUACGGGCGGGUGUUUUACAUCAUCGGCGCGAUCGUCAUCGGGAUCAAUGUCGCUGUUGGCUGGAUUCGGCCCGUUGCGAAGAAGCACGUUGGCGCGCCGUGA